CAAAGCACUUACUAGGAAACAGAGUGCGAGAGAAGGAUAGAGAUAGAGAGAGAGAGAGCAAGGGAUUGAUACAUAGAUAGAGAGAGACGCGCGCACAGAGACCCAGAUUAACGCAUCUCUGGGGCUUCCGGUUUGUCAUUCCCCAAUGGCUUCUAGGAAAAGCUUCCUCUCCAGGUCAAGUUACAUAUUCCCAGAAACCUCAGAGACCCAAUUCGACGCCAAAUCCUCCGAGGGUACGUUGGAAUUUGAUGAAGCUGACAUCUGGAAUGUCUCCGGUGACGUGUCGGAGAGCAAGAAGGUCGUGUCGAGCUCUCGAUCGGGUUUGAAGAUACCUUCCAGGAAGGUGGACGGUGGUGGCAAAGUGAACCCGGGAGGAUCGGCCUCGUUACCUUUGAACAUACCGGACUGGUCCAAAAUUCUGAAGGAGGAGCAUAGACAGCACCGGAAGGAGCAGAGGGACGAUAGCGUAGACGAUGAAGACCGGGGCGAUCAGGACGGAGAAAUGAAGAUACCUCCGCACGAGUACCUGGCCAGGACCAGAGGGGCUUCUCUGUCUGUGCACGAGGGGAUCGGGAGGACCCUCAAAGGCCGAGACCUGCGCAGGGUCAGAAAUGCCAUUUGGAAGAAAGUGGGGUUUGAAGAUUAGUGUUAGGUUGCGCAUCACAGUCAUUGGAGUAUAGAGAUAGUGAUCGGGAAGCGAUAUUUUUUUCUUCUGGCGAUUUUGACUUAGGCGACCGUGAGAUCAUCCAAUGGCUGGAUUUUAAAACAGGGACCAGUCGUCUCGUCGAGCUUGUGUGAGUGCUCUUUUAAGUUGCAUCAUGAAACAACUCUAUAUUCAUAA